AGUGCGGUGCGGAGGCAAGACGACCACAUAAUAAUAAUAAGAGUAACAUAACCAAAAAGACAAGCAGCAUCUCUCUCUCACGCGCUGCUGAAUCCAUCCCAUCCACAUCUCAUCCCAUGGACUCCGCCGUGCGACCGCCCGUCGACGCCGAAGAAGCCCGCCGCCGCCGGAGCACCGACUGCAUCUACUUCCUCGCCUCCCCGUUGACCUGCAAGAAGGGAAGUGAAUGUGAGUACCGUCAUAGUGAUGCUGCCAGGAUGAAUCCUAGGGAUUGCUGGUAUUGGUUCAAUGGCAACUGCGCUAAUCCUAAAUGCUCAUUCAGGCACCCGCCGUUGGAUGGCCUGGUCGGAGCACCCACAACACCACGAACAUCUCAACAAUCUGCACCACAGGUUUCUGUGCCUGCUCAAGCUCCUGUGCCUAAUCCUGCCAGUGGCACAGCCAAGCAAGGAGUUCCAUGUUAUUACUUUCAAAAGGGCAUGUGCGUAAAAGGGGAUAGGUGCGCCUUCUUGCAUUUGCCACAGGCUACUGGAAGUCCUGCCCCUCAGCACACAACAAAGGUUUUUGCUCCUGCUUCUGUGCCUCAUCCUCAGUUGAAGAACUCGUGGACAAAACCAAACUCUUCUGCUCAGCAGAAUGCACCUCCUGCCAUAUUUGACAAGCCUAAGGACAGUGCUCAUAAUGGCAAAACUGCUCAGAAGCAAAAUUUGACAAACAGGGCUGGUCACUCGUCAGGAAUUAUUCAUGAUAAAAAAGGUUCUUAUAUGCCAUCGGGUGUAACAAAGAAUUACCGACCUCCACCCUCAACUGGAGACGAUUUAGCUGAAAAUGGUGUGGAGAUGGGUGAAUUUGUGAGGGAACCUUCUCCUGGUUCUGAUGUUCUUACUGGUGGUGCUGAUGACAAUACUGAACAGUCACUCAGGGAAGACCGUGGUGCUUACCGUCGUACUAACGGGGAGCAGCACAUUGGGAUGCUUAGGCAAACUCAUGAUAGUUAUGGAUUUGAAAGGUCACACAGAGGUUCAGCUGAGAAAUUGUUGUCAGAGAGUAGGUUUUCUCAGAGAGAACCUAUGCCUUUGACUGCAGACAGUUCAGAUUUGCGGCAAAGGCUAUUGAAGCAAAGAAGGCUCAAUAAUCCCAGAUCAGGGCAGGUCUCUGAUAGACAUAAUGUCUAUCCUGAGGAUGAACGCCAUGACCGUCAUCGUCAGCGUGGUGAAGAGCAAGCUUCCAAUGACGGCGUCUCAAGCUCUCGAUUGCGUGGUAGAAUAAGACUUCCAGCGGAAACAACGUUUGACAGACUUGGCUUACAGCCUGAGAAAGAGAGAGACAGAGGGCCUCGAGCUAGAUUGUCACCACCAAGUCAAACAGACCUUAGAGGGAAGCUUCAUGAUAGGCUAAAGGCUAAACCAAAUGAGGAUGUAUCUGGUAAUGUACAAAGUUCUUUGUCAAAAGCAAAUGAAGAUGCUGAAUCGUUGAACUUUGCUGGGCCAAAGAGCCUUGCAGAGCUGAAAGCAAAAAAGGUUGCAGGCAGUUUAAUGAAGAGUAGUCGUUCUUUAACAGGGCCAGUUCGAAUGACAUCCGAAAUAGUUACCAUCAAAGACUCUUCGGACCCUGUUCUGUUUGAUGGCCCAAAACCAUUAAAUGCCAUCCUGAAGAGAAAAAGAGAGGCAGAUUCUGGAAAUGCUACCGAUUUUGGCAGCAAACGGGAAGAACAUUCUGGGGGAGAUGAAGAAGGAUCUCAGAAUGAUUUCCGAAACAUCGAGGAUGACAUAGUUGGAAUGAACACCGAGGGGAAUGGAGAAGAAGCCUUCCAACCUGAAGACGAUGUGGUGUAUGGCGACAGCCUGUCUCCUGCGGAUGACAUUGCUGCUGAAGCUGCAGACGAUGCGAGCAGGGAGCUGGAGGAGCAGCAAGAUGUAGAGACAGCAGAAGAGUACGACUACGAGAUGGAUGACGUUAAUGCGGCGGAGGAAAAUGACUACCAGGAGUAUGAAGACGAAGACGAUGAUUUGGAGGACGACGACGAUUUCGCGCGCAAAGUGGGUGUGAUGAUCACUUGAAGCUGCGUUGCAGUAGGCGUGCCACUAUAUAUGGUAUGACCGAAGAAUUGAAAGAUGUGUUAGUAUCCCUCCCAACAAGAUGUUGGUCUGUUUUUCUUGUGGUGCUAGAUACUUUUACUUCACUGCGCCAGAGAAUUCAGCUAAUAAAGUUGGGAGGAAGAUAAAAUUGGCUCAUCGGAGAGCUUGUGUUUCAGCCAAGAGGCGGCUGCUUGUACUCUAAUGUGUGGGUGUGCUCUCCUCUGCCUGCUUGUGUUGUUGUAUCAUUAGUUAAAUCAAAAUGACCUAACAGGUUACACAAUGUACUACUUCUAUUUAUAUUCAUCAGUGUAUAAGAUGAUAAAAGGCCUUGAAGCCUUUUCUUUCUGGUAGAGAAUACAUUGCUCUUACCUCCAGAUUUAACAUUUCAUUUUUCUU